AUGUUUAAAUCUAGAUUUAUCACCUGCAUACCUCCUAAAAAGCUCUCAUCUGACUUGCAAAAGAUUCGCCAAGGAGAGGGCGAGUCUUUAAGGAGUUAUAUCUCACGUUUCAAUGCUGAAGCGAUACAGGUGGAAGAGUUAAAUCACGAAAUAGCGUACAAGACAUUGAAAAAGGAAACUCGCGACAUCAAAUUCAUGGACUCUUUGAUCAAGAAUCAUGCCACUACUUAUUAUCAGCUAAUGGAUAAAGCUCAGAAGUACAUAAGGUUGGAUGAUGAAGUCCAGACGUUAAAGGAAGAUAAGAGGACGAGUCAAAAUAAGACUCAAAAGUUAGAUAAGCAAAGCUACAAAAGUGAAAUGAGUUAUCCAAUAUCACGCAGUAAGAAUAACCAAGGGAUAGGAACUGCUAUGGGAGUGCCCUUGAAAGAAGACUAG